AUGGGGCCGUCCCCACGUUGGAAUUUCUAUAUACCUCGUGUUUUGGGGUUUUGUCGUAUAUAUGUACAUAUAGGGGGGGCGUUUGGGGAGGCAACCUGGGAGAAUGUGGUGCUGCAGCCAGGCUGGGGCUGGGCACAGCGGUGCUUGGGGUUGGGAUGGGGGCUGUGGGCCCCCCCCACCCCAACAGGGCUCUGCCCCACGGGAGGGCUGUCACUUGUGGGUCCCCAUGGGGCCAGGUGCAGGUGGGGUGAGAAGUGUCUCCCUUCCUGCCCCCAGAGACGCCCUGGGGGAGUCUGGAGGGGAAGGUGGCUAGUGAGGGGUUGUCACGGGCUGGGCCAGGAGGGUGGUGUGGGUAGGAGAGUGUGGGUGAUGGGGGUGGGGGAAGUGUGUUCCAAGGCUCUGGGGGUCCCUGUCGGGGUGACUGGGCCUCGGAGAGCCCUGGGCUGGUGGAAGGUGUCCCUGCCCAGGGCAGGGGUUAGGAAUGAGAGAGUGUGUGGGGUCCUUUCCAUCCCAAACCAGGGAUUCAUGGGGCCUUUGGGAGCCACCUGUGCCGGGUGCUGGGGGGUCCCUGGCGCUCUGUGCUGGUGGGAGGGGGGCUCAUCCUGCUGUGCAUCGUUCUGUUGUCGUUGCUGUUUUUCCUCUCCUUGGCCUGGAGGGUCCGUCACCCCCGCGGCCACCCCGUGGAGGGGCUGGGGGUCAAUAAAGCGGAUGGCAGGGGACUCUGGCGGUCCCUGCACAGCCUGGCCUCUCCGUUGUCUUCUGUCAGUCAUCUGUGUGGCCAGGCACACGCCCUGUUUGGGUGGCGCUCAGCGGUGUGAUUUCUCCUCCACCCACGCCCGGGGUUUUCCCGGUGCAGACAAAGCUAUGCAAAACCCUCUGGGCGAGAAGGGGGAGGGUCCCCCACCCUCCGCGGUGCCAGCCCGAUGGCUCUUACUGUGAGUAAGUCUUUCCACAACGUGACUUUUUUUCCUUUUUUUUAAUGCUCUGUUGACUACACGACGAGUUGCUGGCUGAAAUAAAACUGCUCCGUGCCUGUCUGCA